AGGCAGCAGCGCAGGCGACAGACAUACAACACCCAGCAGCAACUUCUUGAGUUCUUGCUCCAAGACGGGCUGCUGGCUGCAAAUUAUUUAAUUUACCUUCUCGUAGGUGGUUAAAUUUUUGCUCACCGCCCACCCCGCGCACCAACACCCCUAAACACAUUGGUCCAGUUCGAGCGCUGUCUUACCAUAUGAUCUGCUAAUCGGAAUCCGACCCGGCUUUUUUCAUCCGCUAAGCAACUGAUUCGGCUCAUCACAAUGGUGGACUACUACCGAGUACUCGAACUCCAGAGGACAGCGUCCACGGCUGAAAUUAAGAAAGCAUACAAGAGAUUAGCCUUGAAAUGGCAUCCAGACAAAAACCAGAACAACAUCGAGGAGGCUACCAAGAAGUUCAAAGAGAUCUCAGAGGCCUACGAAGUCCUUGUCGACGAGGAUAAGCGGCGCUUGUAUGACCAACGACACCAGAAGCCCUCGUACACCAGACCCACCCGUAGCUUCAACGCCAGGAGCUUUUUUGAGUCGCCCUUCCACCGUUUCUUUGACAAGAAGCGUAGGGUUUACGACCAGUAUGGCAAGGAGGGUCUGAACGGCGGCAGCGCCACCCGCAGGAGUAGAUACGAGGAUGACUUUGGCUUCGGCUACCCCCACUUCACCUUCAGAGACCCCGAGGAGGUGUUCAGAGAGUUCUUCGGACACAGCUUCCCUAGCUUCUUUGGUCCUCCGAGGAGGGGUCAGUCUCAGAGUCUGAACAGCUUCGACCCAUUCGGCUUUGCCUUCGGCGGAAUGGGCAUGAGCAUGUCACCGUUCGACGACCUCAUGAGCCCCUCGAGCUUCACCUCUUUCUCCACCAUCAACAGCAGUUUCAGCAACAGUCCCAGGUCGGGCUCCAACGUCAAGAGGACUUGCCACACCACCAGAUUCAUCAACAACAAAAAGAUCUCUACCACAAAAACAACUGAAAAUGGGAAGGAAACGAUAAUGGUGUUUGAAAACGACGUUCUCAAAUCGAAGACUGUCAACGGUGUGCCACAGUCGAUCACCUACAGCUAAGCAUUCCAGCCACGCGCGCCGCCGGGACCAAAAGACUUUUGAGUAGCCGUGUCCUUGCGCGCCAAGUGUCCGACAAACCGUGUACAUUGUUAUAGUUUAAGUCUCGAUCAACAACCAGCAGGUGGAAAACAAAGAUGAAGCUUUUUUCUCGAUGCCAACGCCUGCUCCUCUUGCAACACUUUAUCAGCCCGCAGACAACCAAUGUGAUAAAACCCAGAAAUUAAUGAAUUAACCCCUUCAAUCUAAUAUAUUUAAACAAACAUGCAUAUUAUGUCUGAGGAUGUACUGAAACGGAGCAAGAAAAGAAAAGGGAGGGAAAAUUAUUCAUGUAAUAUGAAAUGUACGGUGCAAAAACGCCCAAACUUAUUAGAAAUUUCCUGUCCCUUGCCAAUUUAUUUGACUGAUAUUUUGUCAUUGGCUUUGCGUGAAUCUGCUAAUGUUUCUGCUCAACCAACUCAAGAAAUAGUGUUGUCUCGACCCAACUGGGACCUUUUUCCCAUUUAUGCUUUAGCCCAUGAUGUUAAAAGUGCAGAUACAUAUAAUUAUAUCGACGUUUACCUGAAUAUUUGUAUAUUGGAUAAAUUUAAAUGUUUCCAAAAUGCUCCAGAGAGACUCUUUAGCAGCACAAAUUAUUUCGGAGCCUUCGAGUAGGGAUCAAAUUCCAUUUCUGUUGCUAGAAGUUUAGGUCAAAAAAGCUUUAAAAAAAAAUUCAAAUUUCUCUCUCGUUGCAAUCAUAAUUCUAUUGUAGGAUAAUUAUCAAAUAACUGUUAUACAAAUUUCACUCAUCUUUAAAUUAUUGUCGAAGAAAAAUUAUAAAUGUAUUGUGCAGAGCAACAGGGAUGGAGCUGGUGCGCAGGUGCCCAGCUCUGAUUGAUAGGAAGCAAUUAAUUAAACAUUUAAUGUUGUAGGAGAUGAGCAUAUGGUGGAUUUACAAAGUCCUCUGCCUGUUAAAAAGAACUAUUGCAAUUUUUGUGGUUAGGUGGGUGGACAGUGCUGUCUAUUUAAAACACGCUCAUUUGGAAAAUCACCAAAUAGACAAAAUGUAAAAUCCGACAGUUUUGAAUUAAUUCACGUAACUUAUGUGUUCGUACUGUUAAGUUAUUUCAACGAAUGCCAAAAUGGCAGUCUCACGCACCCACAAAUGCUCUUUAUUUUUUUUUGUCUUCACAUAAAUUUAUUUUGACGAAAACUGUACUGUAUUUUUGUUUGCAUCGAAUCGCAUUACAGUGAGUGAAUACUAAAUGAAUAAAAGUAGAAAACAAAUUAAUUGUUGGAUAAUACUACAAUUA